AUGGCCCGCAACAUGUCUACGCCUACGCCCGGCCCUCCUCCGCUUUCUCAGGCUCCAGACAGCCCUCGCGAAUCCGAGUCACCUCCUCCCCAGGGUGUGCAGGGUGACCUCGAGGUCGAGCUCCUCGGACUCGCCACCUCGCUCUACAACCUCGGGACCACUGUCGUCAACGACCUCACGAAAGAGAAGGACAAGCCCGGCGGGGUAGCGGGCAAGCCUGUUGGGCAAAGAGUAAACGACGUGAUCCGCCACUUGGCCACCCUCGAGGGCAUGUCGGAGCACAUGCAGACCAUGGUCCCCAUGGACGUCCUCGUCGAGAUCGACAACUCCCGAAAUCCUAUGACGCUCACCAAGGAGCGACUCGAGCGGGCGGCGACCGAGAAUCAGUUCAUGAACGGCAAAAUCCACGCGAUCGAGUCAUAUAAGAAGGCCCUGGACGAGGCCUUGGUGCAGAAUUUUCCGGAGCUUUCAGAGUACCUGACGGUUGAGACAGGAGACUCGGGAGUGAAGUUUGAAGAAGGCACGGCAGGGGCCAAUCGCGGCAUGAUGGACGGUGUGGUGUAG